UAUACCUUUCUUCCAUCCCACAAAAAAUCUUCAAAAUUCUCCACCUUCUAAUACACUAAAAUAUUCAGAGGAGCCAAAAUUGGGAGAAAGAAAUGGAUGGAUUGACACAAGUUUUAGUGGUGGCCUUCGCCGCCGGAGUUUCUACUUUUCUUUUGAUACUCGUCAUCUGGCGCUGGCUCUGUUUCAGAAAACGUGAAGACUUGGUUCAGACGAUCACCGCAAAAGCUCCGAGCUUUCGAGCAACUCAUGGGAUUUCUAGAGUCCACCAAGCUGCGAGUGUUCAUCAUCAACCUUACUAUUCAGACGGGAAAAGAAGAGGGAAUCAGCAUGUUUUUCCUCGCGGGGUUUCUGGGAAACAUCUAUUCAGUUGGGCUGAUCAUCCGUCGCUAAUUAACGACGCCGUGGAGAAUGGAUGGUCCCAAUUCGCUUUCUCGCGCAACGCGUCAGCGCCGGCGAGAUCAACGGUGUUGGGUUUGUCAUGCGCCGUUGGCGAUCAUGGAAAAGAGGCAGAGGCUGAGAUAAUCUGGGAAGUUUUUCAGGGAUCGGCGGAAUUCAUGCAGAAGAUAAGGUUUAAUUCUGGUUUGAAAAGGGUGAGUACAAGCCAGCCUUCUUCAUAUGCUGCGUCUGUUAUCAGGACAUCUUUGCCUCUCCCAGGCCCUUCCUUGGGAAACAACUCUGCUUUCCCUCAAGAAGCCUAUUUCGAAAUCACGAUUCUAAAUUCUCAUAGCGAUGAUGAUGGGUCGGUUGGCAAGGUUAGGGAAGGUGAGAAGAUGAAACUCAUACAAGAUAAUUCAAAUGCAAAAAUUAGCAAGGUUGAAGAGUUGAAGAUGGAAGGUGAAGAAAGUAGCAAAAGAGAUGAGGCAGUGAAGCUGUCAUUGGGGCUCACAACAGGGGGCUCUGUUCCAUCAAAACUUCCCGGCACCUACCCAGGAAGCAUCGGAUUCAAUUCCAACGGUUCUGUCCUUCUUGACGGGAUAAAACUUGUGUUUGAAUCGGAAGAAGAAGCAGAAUGGGGAAGAACAGAAAAGGUGAUUGGUUGUGGGUUUGAUCCGAGACAAAAGAAGGUGUUUUUCACAGUAGAUUCACAGCUGCUGCAUGUAGUCCAUUGUAAGUCAGAGGAAUUUGGGACUCCAAUGUACCCAAUUCUAGCAGCAAACGCAGAGAUUUUGGUUGUGGUUAAUAUGGGACAAAGUCUGUUCAGAUACGGGCCAGCAAAUGCACAACGGACAUCAAAUCCUUGCUUCAUACGCCCUCCUCUAAACUCCCCUGCUGCUGCUAUGGGCUAUGAAGACAGCAGCGAUCUCUUCUCAAUGACAUUUGACUCCCAGAGCCUUCAUGCAUCUGCAAUCAGAGGCACCCAGAACAGCAAUAAUAGACAGGCAAAAGCUCCUGACCAUGAUCCUGAGGUGGAACUAUUUGAAAUUGUCUUGGAACAUGGCAGAAGAUAAACAUGGGUUUGGGUGGUUCAACAAUCAAACUUGAACCAACUGCUCAGAAAGAAAGGAAGGAAAAAAAAAAUUAACUUAAUUUUGGAGUUACAUUUUUCUGUUACAUCAUCAAAUGAAGAUGUUUUGGGACCUCAUUGGCUUGCUCAUCUCCGACAGCUGCAGUGGGCAAACUUGUUUUGUUAUUUUUUGGUAUUCAACCCCUUUCUUUCUUAAUGUAUUUUGUCCCGAAAGGAGUAUUUGUUCCUUGUGAAUAUCAAGACACUAUUUAUUGUUUGUUCAAGUUAUAAUUUUUGUUGUA